AUGAGUGGAAUCGCGACCACCUGUCUGUCGUGCCUGUCGGCGAUCGACCAAUGGUGUCAAAUCACGGCCUGCCUGGGCGGAAACCGCUCUCGCGAUGGCAUCUACGAAACCACCCUCGCCGAUAAUGAACGAGAAGCCGUGUCCGACCUGCUCGGCUAUCUCGAGAACCGCGCCGAAACCGAUUUCUUCGCCGGAGAGCCGCUUCGAGCUCUGAGUACCCUGGUCUAUUCCGAUAAUGUCGAUCUCCAACGUAGCGCCAGCUUGACCUUCGCCGAAAUCACCGAACGAGGUGGGUGGAAGAAACUCGCCUAUGAAGAUGUCAGACCUAACUCCUACCCUGCAGAUGUGCGCGAAGUCGAUCGGGACACCCUCGAACCCAUCCUGUUCUUGCUCCAGAGCUCCGACAUCGAAGUCCAGCGAGCUGCCAGCGCGGCGCUGGGCAAUCUGGCGGUGUUGAUUGUUGCCCUCGGAGGGCUGGCCCCUCUGAUCCGCCAAAUGAUGUCGCCCAACGUCGAAGUGCAGUGCAAUGCGGUCGGUUGUAUCACCAACCUGGCCACCCACGAGGAGAACAAGGCCAAGAUCGCUCGUUCGGGAGCAUUGGGUCCUCUCAUCCGUCUCGCCAAGUCGAAGGAUAUGCGGGUCCAGCGCAAUGCGACGGGCGCCCUGCUCAACAUGACCCAUUCAGAUGAUAACCGCCAACAACUCGUCAACGCCGGUGCCAUUCCUGUUCUUGUACACCUCCUCUCCUCCCCCGAUGUCGACGUCCAAUACUACUGUACAACCGCCCUCAGCAACAUCGCCGUGGACUCGACCAACCGGAAACGCCUGGCCCAAACCGAGUCGCGCCUGGUCCAGUCGUUGGUCCACCUGAUGGACUCAUCAACCCCCAAGGUCCAAUGCCAAGCGGCACUUGCUCUCCGCAACCUUGCUUCCGACGAGAAGUACCAACUGGAGAUUGUGCGGGCUAGGGGCCUCUCUCCACUCUUGCGACUUCUCCAAUCUUCCUAUCUUCCUCUGAUUCUCUCCGCCGUCGCGUGUAUUCGGAACAUCUCCAUUCAUCCGCUCAACGAGUCCCCGAUCAUCGACGCCGGCUUCCUCAAGCCUCUGGUGGACCUUCUGGGCUCAACCGACAACGAAGAAAUCCAAUGCCAUGCCAUCUCCACCCUCCGCAACCUUGCCGCGAGCUCCGAUCGCAACAAGGAACUGGUCUUGCAGGCCGGAGCCGUUCAGAAGUGCAAGGAUCUGGUCCUCCGGGUCCCGCUGACUGUCCAAUCCGAAAUGACCGCUGCGAUCGCCGUGCUGGCCCUCAGCGAUGAGCUCAAGCCUCAUCUUCUCAAUCUCGGCGUGUUUGAUGUUUUGAUCCCGCUUACCAGUUCGGAGAGCAUCGAGGUGCAAGGGAACAGUGCGGCUGCCCUAGGCAACCUGUCUUCUAAAGUUGGUGAUUAUACAAUCUUUGUCCGUGACUGGGCCGAUCCGAACGGAGGCAUCCACGGCUAUCUGCAGCGAUUCCUUGCCAGUGGGGACCCCACAUUCCAACAUAUCGCCAUCUGGACCCUGCUCCAGCUUCUCGAAUCCGAAGACAAGACACUGAUCGGCUACAUAUCCAAAUCCGAGGACGUGGUGCAGAUGGUGAAGUCAAUUUCCGAUAAGAACGUCGAGUCCGAUGAAGAGGAUGCAGAGGACGGCGAAGGCGAAGUCAUUGCGCUUUCCCGGCGCUGCCUAGAGUUGCUCGGGGCUGGUCCUAAGCAGACCUUGGUUGAGGCGUAA